AAAGGGGGGUUGUCUGUCAUGAAACCUGAGAGAAAAGAAGCCUGGAAGCGAGCACGCAACCUUCACAUCAGGGGAAGGAAAAGGAGGAACAGGACUUCUCUAUCCUGCCUUAGAUUGACUUGUGUUCCUUUCCACAUUUUUCCCACUUCGUCGCCGAUACAGUCUGAACGCAGUGAUGGCGCCCACUCUGGUGCAGGCCUACAGGAGGCGCUGGUGGAUGGCAGUGACGGCCGUCAUUGAGAACCUGCUGUGUUCCGCGGUGUUGCUCGGUUGGGGCUCCCUGCUCAUCAUGCUCAAGAGAGAAGGCUUCUACUCCCACCUGUGCUCAGAGAACGACUCGGUGGUGCUGCCCGUGGGCAACUCCUCCGGUGGUGAGGCAGAGGAAUGGCUGAGCUGCGUGGACCAGGAGGAGAUGUUGAAUUUGGGCUUCACCAUCGGCUCCUUCUUGCUCAGUGCCACCACGCUUCCCCUGGGCAUCCUGAUGGACAAGUUCGGACCACGUCCCAUCCGCCUGGUGGGCAGUUCUUGUUUUGCGUCGUCUUGUAUAAUGAUGGCGGCGUCCUCCUACAACCCUCAGACUUUGUCAGCUCUCAUCUUCCUGGCUCUUUCUUUGAAUGGUUUUGGAGGAAUCUGCCUGACCUUCACCUCCCUCACGCUCCCAAACAUGUUUGGAGCCCUGAGCUCCACCGUCAUGUCGCUGAUGAUCGGCUCCUACGCCUCCUCAGCUGUCACCUUUCCCGGAGUGAAGCUGAUCUACGACGCUGGAGUCUCCUUCCAGGUGAUCAUGUGGUGCUGGGCCGGUCUGGCUGGGUUCGUUUUCUGCAACUGCUUCUUGAACUGGCCUGUUGAAGGUUUUCCGACCCCCGACGAAGUGGACUACAGUAAGAUCUUGACGUCUCUGCCGGAACGUCCUUCCUCUGACCAAAAGAUUGUGAGAGAGAAGCUGAAUGAGAAAAAUGGCGACAUCCAACAUUCCAUGGAGAAGCUUCCAAAUGGACACGACACACCAAACUCCAUUCCUUUCCGUCGCUCCGUCUUCUCGCCCAUCUUCCUGUGGAGCCUGGUCACCAUGGGGAUGUCUCAGCUCAGGAUCAUCUUCUUCAUGGGGGCCAUGAACAAGAUGCUGGAGUUUAUGGUCACACAUGGCGAAGAGCAUCCUUCAGAGGAGCUGGUGAUCGAAGCAGAAGAGAAAGUCAGUUUCUACUCAUCCAUUUUUGGGACGCUGCAGCUGCUGUGUCUGGUCACUUGCCCUCUUAUUGGUUACAUCAUGGACUGGAAGAUGAAGGAGUGUGAAGAGGAGAAACCUUUGGCCCGUGAUGCGGAGCAGAGUGGGAGUGUGGGCCCCAAAAGAGACCGAAAAAUCCAGAAGGUGACCAAUGCCAUGAGGGCUUUCAUCCUCACCAACCUGCUGCUCAUCGCCUUUGGAUGCUGCUCGCUCAUCGACAACCUGCCCCUACAGAUCCUGACCUUCAUCCUCCACACCAUGGUGCGCGGCUUCAUCCACUCGUGCUGCGGAGGCCUCUACGCUGCUGUCUACCCAUCCAACCACUUUGGCACCUUGACAGGGCUGCAGUCCAUGAUCAGCGCUGUGGUGGCUUUGCUGCAGCAGCCGCUUUUCAUCGCCAUGGUGGGACCACUGAAGGGAGACCCCCACUGGAUCAACCUGGGCCUCCUCAUCCUCUCCCUGUCUGGAUUCUUGUUGCCGGGUUACCUGUUUUACCACCGCAGACAUCUGAUCAGAGAGCGCGAGGCUCGCGACACGCUGGCGGCGGGGCAGGAGAUGCAGGCGCUGAACCACAAAGAGGCCAACGGACACAAACCUCACACCAACGGUGUGGCUGCCGUGAAAGCUUAAACAGAGAUUUCGUCACCUUUGCCUUGGACAGGACCAGCCCUCUUUGACAUUUGCAGUGUUUGACUUCAGAUCCCCUCAGCAGCACCACAGUCCAAAUUUUUUUAAAGAAAGAGGUGUUGUAUUUAUUUUUUUAUUACCCGUGUCAGUCAGUGAGCCAAAUUAAAUCAAAGCCAUAGCCAUUUUUCAUCCGCACAGAUUCUCGCGCGUAAUGUGCGACCACGGUCACAGCGGCACCAAUGUCCAAUGAAGAGUCACACCAAAGACAAAGGGGGACGUUUUUCUUCAGUGUGUUUCACCACAUGUACUGUACUCAUCACGCUCACCUUGAUUCGCACACACACCUGUUUUUUUUUUUUUUUAGCAGACAAACAUUUAGUUACUUAGAUGUCCUUCUCAUUAUCAAAUUCUGAUACUGAGCUCAGUAUUGUAAAAAGAAAAUCGGAUACUUUUUAGAAGUACUUUUCACACGCAGUCAGGUCUGUUCAAGGCCCCUACGACCUUGGAAGGUUGAACAUCUGACCGCUGUCUUGAGAGCAUCACUGAGACACACAGCAGAUAGACUGGUUGUAGAGACAUAAGUUCUACCUCCUCCAUUUCCGUUUUUUUGUACUGUCUCUCUGCAACACCAGUGUUCACUCUCACGUUGUCGACCCGCUAAGUCCCAAGUCGCCCAGCUUUUAAGAGUCCGGCCUCGGCAGUUUCAAUGCUUUUAAAUAUGUAUUUUUCAUUUGUUUUUUGGCGGGGACGAGGCCUGAUCCUUCACACGUGACGCAGUGUGUCGACACUUUGUACGGCUUUAUGCACAGAAAUGAAAUAGUGUGUGUAUAAAUGUGUAUUUAAGUGUAUUUUUUAUAUAUUUGCUGUAGCUUUAAAAGGGAUGUUUCAUUGUCAUCAAAUUGUAAAUAGAAUGUUGUGUCUUUUUUUUUUUUCGCUUGGGUGUGAGCCUUAUCCGGUGCGUGGUCUGGAUCCCCCCCAAAUUUCACAGUAGUGGAAGAGUUGUCAUUUGUUGCAUUUAAUCGUUUGUUUAAAAAAAAAGAGAAGACUUUCAGUGUUUUGUGGGAUGCAUGUAUAUCCUUCUUUAUUAUGCAACCAAGGAACACCAGUGCCUUACUGUUGCCGUCCUCCUGGCAGUAAAGAAGCAUGUGUAUGUGGUCCAUUUACUGCCACGACUGUAGAUUUACUCGAGUGUGAAUGUCUGAAUCACAAAAACGUGGUUUUUGUUAGAUCUUGAUUAAGUCCCGGCUUGUGCUUAAAUUAUUUGUACAUGUCGCCUCCGACACUUCAUUGUUGAAGUGGUAUUGAAGAAUGUACACAAUAAAUUAUG